GAAAAUUACAUUUUGAAAAUGUCUACUUACCACGGUAAUUUCAGAAUGUUUUUCGGCUUAACUCUCAUCAGUGAUAAUGGACGCUAUUGAGUUGAGUGAGCCAGAAAUAAACUAUUUUACAGAGUUAUUUAAAACUUGUGAAUCCCGACAAUCAAAUAUUGCAGUAGCUGAAAAAGUUACUAAUCUCUUUGUGCUGUCUGGUUUGCCGUCCGAUAUCUUGCAGUUGAUUUUUAUUACCUGCGGUAUAUCAGCUUAUGGGGUUGAGAAAACUCAAUUUUUCGUUGCUCUAAAGUUAAUAGCUGCAGCUCAGGCUGGCAAAUCUGUAAGUCUUCAAAAUCUGAACGAUAAGAAUACAGCCGAAAAUUUACCGUUACCACGUUUUAACGUUUACAAAUCUCGAAGCAAAAUGAGUGUUGCCAAUAAUAAUAAUGCUGAUUUUGAUGAAUCACCUCCUACUGAUGCCUGGGAAAAUUUCGACAGUGAAGAUUGUAGGGACGAUAAAGGUUUAUUAGGAAAUGACGGUAAUUCCUCCUGGACGAAUGUAAGAACAGACUCCUCUUCAGUAACCUCAAGUGAAACUGAUAGCAUGGAUGAUAUAUGGACAAUUACUGACGAGCAAAGGGACUAUUACACAAAACAAUUUCACACGAUGCAACCUGAUAGACAAGGCUCCAUAAGUGGAGCAGUUGCGAAAGACUAUUUUGAAAAAUCUCGAUUACCCGUUCAUGAAUUGGCUAAAAUAUGGCAGCUAUCAGAUCUUAAUGGAGAUGGUUUGCUUUCUCUAGAAGAAUUUUGUAUAGCAAUGCACUUGGUAGUCUUGAGACGGAACAAAAUUGACCUGCCUGAUUCGUUACCAUCGUCUCUCACACCUUACGUACCCCUCUCCGAAGAACCAUUUGCUUCAGAUCUUCCUCAAGGUUCAACAAUGAAAAGAAUCUCUCCACCAAGUCCCGUUAUUUGGCAACAAGUAAUUGAUAGUAGAUCUAGUUCAGCUGUUUCUUCUCCGUCAGUGAAGCCAACUAACUUUGAUUUUGCGCCAAUUGCACCUGAUCCAGUGACAAAUACCGCCGUAAAUGAUGAAACAGCAAGACCUAGACCAACACCAAAAAAAGCACCUCCUGAUGGAUCUACAGCUAAUGUUAUUUUGCCUCCCCCCAUUACUAACGAGAGUUCAAAACAUGCAAGGAGUUCCUCUAUGGAUAACACACUUUCUGGCGAGAACCUGGAUUUGACGAAGAGUAUGCCACCUGCUGUUCCUCCAAGACCUGUUGGGUCAACUUCAGUAACUGCUUACUCUUCCCUUGAAAAGGCAACAGCUAAGCAAACUAUUUCCUCCUUGGAGAGACAUAGACGAGCUGUAUCCUUAGAUUAUAAUCGAGCCAAUCUAAUUGAUAGUGAAAGAGAUCUAAGUCAACAACUGAAGAAUGCUAAUAGAAAAGAAUUAAUAUCGAUGUUGCGCAAACAAAAGCGUAGAAAUUCUACACUAACAAGAUUAAAUACAGAAUUAAACCAAGAAUUACAGGAAGUUAUGGAGCAGCGCAUCGCUUUGGAGAUACAACUUGAACACUUGCGACCUUUUACAUAA